AAUAAUAAAAGAAAAAAAAAACAACAACAAAAAAGGGAAAAAGGAAGGGAGAAAAAGAAAUGAAGAAAGUUUCUCAGUCAGACGAUGUAGCAUGCAUUGACUCGGCUAUACUCCCUUCCAUGGUCCACUUUACAAGGCCUUGCAAAAUUUGAAGCUCCUCACCUAUCUCGUCCACGUUUGCCAGCAUUUUCAACUAAUUUCAUCGACACCCAUAUGAGAUUACAGCUCCAGAUUCCAGGGUGAAAAUUGAGGGAGGAGAAAGGUGGAAGCUACCCAGAAGGUGUUUGUGGAAAAUCCUCAAGAGUCCUUUUGGUCAAUGAGGUCCACGUGCGCGUGAGUUUAUGCCUCGUUGUGAAGUUCAUUGGGUAGUAGUUGAGGAGGAUGAGACACAUGGAGGGAGUUAUUCCAUCUUUCAUGGGUGUUUUACUCCUUUGUUCAAUUUUAGUGUUUGAUUGGGUGCUAAGUGUUUCUGGUAAUGCCGAAGGUGAAGCCCUGAAUGCAUUUAGGACCAACGUGGCUGAUCCUAACAAUGUUCUUCAAAGCUGGGAUGCUACCCUUGUCAAUCCUUGCACAUGGUUUCAUGUUACAUGCAAUAGUGAAAAUAGCGUGACCCGCGUUGAUCUUGGAAAUGCCGACCUUUCAGGCUCACUAGUUGCACAGCUUGGUCAACUCCCAAAUUUGCAGUACUUGGAGCUUUAUAGUAAUAAUAUAACUGGAAAAAUCCCACCUGAGUUUGGAAAUUUGACAAAUUUGGUGAGCUUGGAUCUGUAUGCCAAUCGCAUAUCUGGUGGCAUCCCAGAAUCACUGGGCAAGCUUCAAAAACUACGUUUCCUGCGUCUCAACAAUAACAGCUUGGCUGGAGUCAUUCCCAUGACCUUGACUACUGUUUAUUCACUGCAAGUCCUUGAUCUUUCAAAAAACAAGCUAGAAGGAGAUAUCCCAACCAAUGGUUCAUUUCAAGCGUUUACUUCCCUCAGUUUUAAUGAUAAUCCCCAUUUGAAACCAAUAAACAUUACACCUAGACCAAUUUCGCCAACACCGCCGCCAUCUUCAGGCAAUAGUGCUACUGGAGCUAUUGCGGGAGGAGUUGCUGCCGCCGCUGCCCUAAUGUUUGCAGCCCCUGCCAUUGCACUUGCUUAUUGCCGGAAGAAGAGACCACAAGAUUAUUUCUUUGAUGUUCCUGCUGAGGAGGACCCUGAAGUUCACCUUGGUCAGCUUAAAAAGUUUCCCCUGCGUGAGCUGCAAGUCGCAACAGACAACUUUAGUAGCAAAAACAUUCUGGGUAGAGGUGGAUUUGGUAAGGUUUACAAAGGACGGUUGACCGAUGGGUCACUAGUUGCUGUGAAAAGACUUAAAGAGGAGCGCACUCAGGGUGGAGAGCUGCAAUUUCAAACAGAAGUAGAAAUGAUCAGCUUGGCUGUCCAUCGUAAUUUGCUCCGGCUGCGUGGUUUUUGCAUGACACCAACUGAACGGUUGCUUGUGUAUCCUUUCAUGGCUAAUGGUAGUGUGGCAUCAUGUUUACGAGACCGCCCGGAAUCAAAGCCUCCACUUGAAUGGCCUGUUCGGAAGAGGAUUUCACUUGGAGCUGCUAGGGGGCUUGCUUAUUUGCAUGACCAUUGUGAUCCAAAGAUCAUUCACCGUGAUGUUAAAGCUGCAAAUAUAUUAUUGGAUGAAGAAUAUGAAGCAGUUGUUGGGGACUUUGGCUUGGCAAAACUAAUGGAUUACAAAGACACUCAUGUUACAACUGCUGUGCGUGGUACAAUUGGGCACAUUGCGCCAGAAUACCUCUCCACCGGAAAGUCUUCGGAGAAGACUGAUGUUUUUGGUUAUGGCGUGAUGCUUCUUGAACUAAUAACCGGACAGAGGGCUUUCGAUCUUGCACGACUCGCCAAUGAUGAUGAUGUCAUGUUACUUGAUUGGGUGAAAGGGCUUUUGAAAGACAAGAGAUUGGAAACACUUGUGGAUGCUGAUUUGGAGGGCAAAUAUAACGAAGAAGAGGUGGAGCAACUAAUCCAAGUGGCCUUGCUCUGCACGCAAAGCUCGGCUAUGGAACGGCCAAAGAUGUCUGAGGUGGUGAGGAUGCUUGAAGGUGAUGGUUUGGCUGAAAAGUGGGAUCAGUGGCAGAAAGAUGAGAUGUACAGGAGAGAUAAUCAAACUCUUCUCCCUCAUCCUAACUGGCUCAUUGUGGACUCGGGUUCACAUAUCCCCCCAGAUGAACUGUCUGGUCCCAGAUGAUCUUCUCAACUCUAGUACUGUGAAGCAUCUACACAAUCCUUUCAUACCUAUAGAAGAUGGCUCAAACCAUUUGGAAGUGAUAGUACUCAGCAAGAACGUCAUAGCAUUUGAUUUUCACUGUAGCUUGUUUUUCUUCCUUUUGAAUUAUGCUGUCUAGAUAAAAUCAAAUUCGCCAUUGAUCAUGUUGUGAUCGUUGGAAGAAAUGUAUAAUUGGUACUGUAGUCCACAACUGACCAUCACUUAGUGUUGUAUCAUAUGUAUUAAAAAUUGGUGGAGAUUAUAGAAAAUAAAUGAAAGUCUUUUUACGAGUUCAAA